AUGAACCCGAGGAAACUUUGUUACCCUUUGAAAUGGUUAUCGCGGGUGUUAGGUACUGUCGGGUCUUGCCAGCAUUACCCUGAAUUCAUAGAAACUUUUUAUUAUAUAAUUAAGCAUAUAAAACCUAUAUUGCCUACAACAUCAUCAAAUUUUAUAAAGGAUCCUAUUACUGUUGAAGAAAAGCAUAUGAUUUGUCUAAGGUAUUUAGCAACAGGAUGUAGGUAUCCUACCCUAGCUUAUUCUUUCAAAAGGGGUAUAUCUACUAUCCAGCAAAUUGUUAAGAGAACUACCAAAGCUAUAUGGCAAGCUUUGGUAAGCCAACAUAUGCCACCACCUACUCUCUCUGAUUUUGAGAGAAUAGCGAAGGACUUUGAAGUAAAAUGGAAUCUACCAAAUUGUAUAGGUAGUAUUGAUGGUAAACACUGCAGAAUAAGGAAACCACCUCAUUCUGGAUAUGAAUUUUACAAUUACAAACACUUCUCUGUUGUUUUACAAGGUUUGUGA